AUGAAAUCAGAAAAAGCUGUUCGUAGGCGUCACGUGUACUGUCCAGUACGUUCUCGUACUCAUCACAAAUGGCAGGCGCUCCAGAAAAAGCGUGAUUUCGUUGCCAAUUGGUAUGAUAAUUUUGAAAUGUCAUGUUGAUAUUUAUACGGUUAUUUUAUGUGUUAAAAACCAUCAGCAUUUGAAGUUGUUGCCUUUAAACAAUUAUUAAAUAUAUAUUAAUAAAAACUAAUUUUAAUUUUUAAGGAAAACGUUGGUUUACACUGAAUGCACAUGGUUGAUACCCACGAAAGUUCAAUCUGUGCCUGUUAGAUAUUCGAAAACGGAACCCAAGAAUGGCGAAGAUAAAGUAAUUGAAAAAGUCGUUAAGAAGCAAGAAGCCAAACAAAAUGGUGAAGUAGUAAGUAUUUAACAAGGAAUUAUUAAGUUAAGACAAUAGGUAAACCAAAAGAACUAAAAAGUUGUAGAAUUAAAAACCCUUGAAAUAUGUUUAAAAAAAUUCUACAACUUUUUCAUUUUAAUUUACUUUAGAAGAACCAGCAAAAGGAAAAGUCAAAUAAAAAACAACAAGAAACUGAAGCCAAGAAUCGAAAAGAUGCUGAAAAGAAAGCUAAGAAUGAAGCGGCGCAAAAGGCCAAAAAGGAAGCUGAAAAAUUAAAACAAAAGGAAGAAAUCGAAACAAAAAGACUAGCUGAAGAAAACGCGCAAAAGGAGCAAGAAAAGAUUCGUAAAGAAAAAGAAGCUGAACUGAAGGCACAACAGGAAGCUGAAGCUGUUGCACAAAUUGAAGCCGAAGCUAAGGCUACGAAGGAGGCUGAAGCAAAAGCUAAAAAACAAGCUAAGGCUAAGAAAGAGGCUGAAGCCAAGGCUAAAGAAGAAGCCGAAAACAAGGCGAAAAAAGAAGCUGAAGUCAAAAUCCAAAAUGAAAAAGAAGCCGCUGAAUUAAAAUUAAAACAGGAAGAAGAAUUAAAGGCGAGACAAGAAGCCGACGCAAAGGAAAGAAAAGACGUAGAAGAAAAACUCAAAUUAGAAACUGAAGAAACCGCUUCACAAAAAACAGAAGCAGCUUCAGUUUAUGAAGAAGAACUUAACAAAAAGUCCAAAAACAAGAAGAACAAGAACAAAGGAAACACAUUGAAAGAUGAAUGGGCACAGGCAAAAAAAGAAGCAGAACUGAAGACUCUAAAAAAUGAAGGAAACGCUAAACAACAAGCUGAAGCAAAAGCCGAGCAAGAAAAAGAGGCUGUUGCAUUACAAGAAAAAUCGGAAAACUUUGUACAAGAUAGUGAUGUUGUUGAAGAAGCUGGUGGUUCGAAAAACAAGAAGAAAAACAAGAACAGAAAGAACAAGGAUAGAACUAUUAGCUCCAGCAGUCAACAAAGCAAUGGCACAACCGAAAUUAUUGAAAAAAAACAGGUAAAGUAAAAAGUUGAAAUAUUAUUAAUUAGACACAUAAAGAAAACUUGUUUGUAUUUUAAAUUUUAGGCUCAUUGUUAAAUUUUUACAAAUUUUCUAAUAUUCCGAUUAUUAGUUUUUUUGUAAUUACAUAAAUAAGAGACAUGAAAAAUGUUGGCGCUAGGACAAAUGCGGUUUUUGGACAUUUGCGGAUCUGCGGUUUUUAAACACUUGCGGAUCUUCGGUUUUUGGACACUUGCGGAUUUUGGACAUUUGCGGAUUUUUUAAAGGGGUUUUUUUUUAUUUUUUAUUUGAUUUAUUUGUAGUAUGGUACUAAAUUGUACUAAAGUUUAGAUUGGCACUGUCUUAAUAUUUCUUAAUGUUAAAUAGUACUAAAUUUUUAAUCGGUACUGUUUUUAUAUUUUUGGUACUAAAUAGUACUAAAAGCCCAAAAAGGUAUUGUUAUGUUAAAACCGUACCAAUUCAAACUUUAGUACAAUUUAGUACCAUAAUACAACUAAAUUAUCUAAAAAAAAUAAAAAAAACUUUUAAAAAAUCCGCAAAUGUCCAAAAUCCGCAAGCGUCCAAAAACCGAAGAUCCGCAAGUGUCUAAAAACCGCAGAUCCGCAAAUGUCCAAAAACCGCAUUUGUCCUAGCGCCAAAAUAUUUCGGAUGGAAAGAUCAGUCAAAAAAUCGUGAUGACUUGACUAAUUUUUCCGUAAUCUUUUUUUUCCUGUCGUUGCUGGCGACAUCCUUUUUUUUGUUUCUCACCUGUCUUGUAUUGUAUAUGUCAGCGUUUAAUUCAACAGUUUCUAAUUUUAAUAUACAGAUUAUGAUUUGAAUUUGCAAGUUAAAAAAACCAUUAAUUAUUUAAAUUGUAGUUUCCUCAACAAGAAUCAUCUAAUGGUCCGUUGAGUGUAGACGUUAACCAGCCUUCAAAUGGAGGAGCUCGUAUGGUAAGCAACGACAAGAGUCCUGGCAAAAGUCCAAAAAAGAGUAAAUGGUGGCCUUUCAAGUAGAACUUUGAAAAAAGUUUUAGAUAGCAUAUAGGUUUUUAAAAAUUGUCUAUAACAAUCUGUAUUUUAGUAGUAAAUGUCUCUAGGAAACUGCUUUUUCAAAGUGUUAACGUUUAGUCCGCUAUUUAAAAAUUGUUUUUUUUAAGAUUAGUAAGGUUUAUUUUAAUACAUUUUUGGGUGCACAUUUCAGUGUUUGAUGGUUUUACAAAACUGCUUUUGUCACAAAUGUACAGUCUUUGUAUCUUAAGAUGGUAUUAAAUAAGUCACGCUGUACUAUGUUGCUUUAUUUUAUGUUUGUUUUGUUUGCACUUUUUAUACUUGUGCAUAUAUAUAUGUGCAUGUGUCAAUUUUGUUCUGAUAUGUUACAACAAAAUAGAUUAUGGUCAAGAACGAUUGUACGAUUUUUUUACAGUGAAGUAAAAAGAAGUACUAUAGUGAAUACAAAUGUGGUUGCAAAAGAAGCUUAACAUACUAGGAAGACAACUGAUUUAUCGUACUCUUAAUGUCAGAAGUGGUCAGAACUUCUCGCAAAGAAAAGGUGGAAAGACAAGUUAUCAGGCCAAAGGUUAACUUAUAAAUUCACUUGAAUAAACGCUUUUUCUUGCUUUUCAUGCACACUUGAGAUUGUUUAUGCUUCAAUUUUGUGUUUGCUUACGUUAAUGUUUCAUAAGUAAAGAAAAGAUCGAUUACAAAGCUGGUCUUUUGAGACACUGAUGCUUGUGUGUAUCAUCUUUUGGUUUUCCUUUAUUUCUCUGUUUUAUGACUACUAUAUAUCACAAGGCUUUUAUUUCUUUAUAUCUGUGUGUUUUACUCACUUUUGAUGCUACAAGUUUUCUCGACAGUUCACCUAGAUGUUUUAAUUUGCUCAACUUUCUAAUUAAACUUUUUCUAUGUUUUUCACAACAUUUAAGAGUGAUGCAAAUAUGAAAUCGUAAAAAUUAGCAUUAAACCACGAAUUUUACAGAUGACUUAUUUUAGAAGCAUUCGGUAGACAGUGGAAUCGACUUCAGCAGUGAUGAACUGCGUUCUUCUCAUAAAUCCAGUUCAAACGAGUCGAUCUCUGAGGAGCCGCAAGGAAUUCAAACUCCGACUGUCGAGAAAACUGUACAACAACCGGUAGAAGAUAUUCGACAACAACAAAGUCAAAUCUUUGAACAGAUUACGGAAUUCGUGACUUACGCUCAACAAAAGCUCAGCAGCUCUAAUGUAAGCAGUAAUUAAAGAAAAAGAUCUUAAUUUUUUAGGUAGUACACUCGGAACCAAGAAAAGCUUUUGUUUUCAACGUACCAAAGCCGUUGCCUCCACAGCCUGCACCAGUGAAACGGCAACGAACGACCCGGCUUGCCCCACAAGACGUUGAAUACUGUGUCCAUAUGAUGGAAACUUACGGUGAAAAUUAUGAGGUAUUGAAAAUUUAGUAAUUUUUUUGUAAAAAAAAUUUUAGUAAAAUUAAAAAAAAGUAAUUUUAAUAGGGUUUUUUAUUAUUCAUAACAUAUUAGUUAUCUUUUCUGUUACUAAAUAUAUAUUUUUAAUUUUAGGCUAUGACCAAAGAUGCACGUAACCGCUUUUUGGAUGAUGCUCGUGCUUUGCAACGUAAAAUUCGCAUUUUUUAA